AUGUCGACUGGUGGCGACACGAAUUCGCUGUUCCACGUCAGCAGAAGUAGACCUGACGUCUGGUGGUCCCUCCCUGACAACAUAGCGGAGAGACUGCCCUUGCCACCCGGCCGCUGGCAGAGAAUAGAGGUGCGCGGGAGGGUUGGGAGAGGGGAGGUGCAGGUGGGGGGAAAGGUGUGGAGGAAGGUGGGGGUGAAUGGGGGGGGAAAUGGUGGGGGAAAGGAGGGGAAAACGCGGGGAAAAGACCAAAGAGCUUAUGAACUAAUCCCCCUCUUGCUUCAUCCCGCUCUUCCCGUCCCUCUCCCCAUCCCGCUUUUCUCAUCCCUCUCCCUAUCCUGCUCUUCCCUUCCCUCUCCCCAUCCCGCCCUUCCGAUCCGUCUCCCCAUCCCACUCUUCCCGUCCCUCUGCCCAUCCCGUCAGACCCAGGACAUGUACUACUACCUGCUCAUGCCUGGCGCCCAAUGUACUCUCAACCAGCUGCAGCAGGACGGCAGGGAGGACGGCAGCAGGGAGGACGGCAGCAGGGAGGACGGCAGCAGGGAAGGUGAAAGCAAGAGGAGCACUGCAUCUGGUCCUCACGAGCCCAUUACGUACUUCACAGCCCACAGCCGGGUGAGGGGGAGCAAGGGCGGGAUGAAGGAAGGGCGAAAAGGGGGGGUGAUGGGAGAGCAAAAGGGGGGUGAGGGAUGGGAAGGGGAUUUGGAGGGGAAGCCACGUGAGUCCCGCCGGUACCACUACUCGCAUGCGAAUCCUCUCGUCCACUCCCCCCCCGCCCCUCAAUCACUGCAGCUGCGGUCGCAUCUGGAGGCGGUGGGGGACUCGGUGCUAGCGCUCACAUGUGUGCUGCACCUGGUGCGCCAGCAGCCGCCCCUGUCCAUGGUGUGUGCGUGCGUGUGUGAGGGGAUGAUGGGGGAGGGGGUGGGUGGGGGAUCACAUCUGGAGGCAGUGGGGGACUCAGUGCUAGCGCUCACAUGUGUGCUGCACCUAGUGCGGCAGCAGCCGCCUCUGUCCAUGCCCUUCCUGCUCGCCUCCCUCUCUCCCUCCCUCCCUCCCUCCCUCCCUCCCUCCCUCCCUCCCUCCCUCCCUCCCUCCCUCCCUCCCUCCCCGUCCCGCCCCCCACCUCCACUCUUCCGCCGUGUCGUGUCGCGAGUCCUGAGAAAGCUUGUGUCUCUGGCGUGUGGAUUCCUCUACCCAUUCCUCUGUCCUAUAUUGUACCCUUUCCCCCUUCUGUCCCCCCCGGCCUCUCCCGCUCUCCUUCCCCAUUCCGACCCUCUUUCCCCUCCUCCCCCUCUUCCCCAUCCCUCCAUCACGUUUUUUCCACCCUCCCAUCCCAUCCCCAUUCCGUCUCCUGUUUGCCUUCCCCCUACCAUGACCCACUCCCGCCCUGUGAGCAACAGGAGUCUAGCGGGCAUAGGAGCGGGGGCUUUGGGCCUGCCGGGAGCCAUGCUGAGCUUCUCAGACGCGCUGCUCAUGCAGGGCAAGCGUGCUGAGUCUGUGGGGGGUGGUCAAGUGGAGUCUUCGUUAGUAGCUUGCACAAUGGAGGCACUUGUUGGUGCUGUAUACGCAGAAAAGGGCCUGGAAGCAGCGUCAGCCUUUGUGACCCGCCUGCUGCCCUCCCUAGUGGACUCGCGCUCUGCUGCUCCUCACACACGGAAGCUGGAGUUUGGGCAGCAGCAUGAGCGAGAAUCCGAGCAUCAACAGCAGCAGCAGUCUCAGCACAUUCAGGAGCACGGAGUCAGCGAUAUGAAGGUGGAAGAUGUUAGGUUGGGCGAUGGUGCAGCGGUGGGGAGAAUGGAGUCUCCAGCAGAGCUGAGUGACCCCGUGGCUCGUCUGCAGGAGAUGUCUCUGCAGCAGCUGGGGCUCGUCCCACAGUACCGGCACACAGGGACAGACAACCCGCACACACCCCACGUGACGGAGCGAGUGCGAGUGUAUGCAGCAGGGAGGAGGAUGGGCACAGGCAUGGGGCCAACACUGGAGGAGGCGAAGAGAGACGGGGCAACCAAGGCACUGUUAGCAUGGGGUAAGGUGUUUUUUGGGGAGGGGGGGAGUGAGGAAGCAGGACGCGAGGCGAGUGAGUGUGCGGAGGAAAGGACUGGUAACUGA